CAUUGACCGCGCUAUACGUGACGUUACAAAAGUGGUACAAGCGACAUUGGGUGAUAGCGCAGUGGAAGAGCGUUGCAGUGGAACAGUUAAGGAUUCAUUACAGAAUAAGGUGCUUGAUGUGCUCGAUUUGCACACACUUGAAAGAUCGUUAUCGGAAAUUGUGCGAACGGUACGAGACGCUGAAUCGCCGCAAAAGCAGCUAUUGGCGAGAGCAGUAGUUCAAAGUAAUUUCAUCGAUAUUUUGACUACACUGAUAUCCUGCGCGUCUAACGGUGACACACUAAUGUCAUCAAGGUAA